AUGUUUAAGUUUAGAAAAACUAUGUUUUCAACCUCUAGCAAAAAUGGAAAAAAGGAGUAACAAUCUCAUCAUUUGAGUUUAAGGCUUAAGCAAGUUUAAAAUAUCUAUUAUUUCCUAAAUAAACCAUUUUUAUUGUUGAGAGAGAAAUAAAUAGAUGAAAAAUAUAUAUCUACCAUUAUUAUAGAAAAAAAGCAAGCAAAGAUAAAUUAUUUUAUUUAAUUGAGUUGA